CUGCUGCUGCUGCUGCUCGGCCUGCCGGGCGCGCCUCGGCAGGGCGAGCCGGAGCGGAGUAGGAGGCAAGUUUGCAGCCGCCGCAUCGCGCGGGUCUCCCCUGCAGAGGGGGGGCCCUGGGCGCGCGAUCCCCGGGAUGGGGGGCGGGAAACCCGCGUUCUGCAAAGGGGAUCGGGAGGUCUGAAGCAUCCCGCCCCCUCCCUGGGGGUUUUAGGAUUGCAAUCCCUAUCGUCCCGUGGCUGGGAAUCCUGGGAGGUGUCACCCCGGCGCACCUGGAGGGCGCCAAGUUGGGGAAGGGCGGGGCUAAAAAUCAGAAAGCGGGGACGGUAUGGAUCGUGUCAGGGGACGGUUCUAGUUGUGCGGGGUCUCUCGGGCCCGUCGUUGCGACUUAGAAGCAAACGCUGCGUGCUCUCCCUCUUAGAAUGAAGGGGGGGGGUCCUAAGCAAGCCCCUCAGCCUUCUUAUAGGUGUGAUGGCCCCCGGGGCUUGCGGACAGGAGGGGCUCCAGUGCUCGGGAAUUCCCAGGCAAUGUGGCCUUCGUAGUUUCGGCCGGUAGGAACUGGUCUGGAUUGCAGUGUCUUCUGCCUACUCCCGUUUCCAGAGUUGCAGCUGGGUUAGUUCUAAACCGCAGCUCCAGACCGGAUCUGCUGGCCUGUAUGAAUGAAACGCCUUCUCAGCAGGUGGCAGCACUUACCUGGCAGGUGACCUUGGCUGAAUCUGGAAGUUAAGCAGGGUUGGCCUGGGUCAGUGUACGGAUGGGGCCUGCCAGGGCUGCAGGCUAGCCUGGGAAGUCAUCGCCAUCAUCACCACCGCCCUCAGAGAAUUGCAGAGCACUUCUUCUCCCAAGAGGAUUGCAGGGAUGUGGCCAAAUAGCCGGGCACAAUGGAUUUGGUGGCAGGGAUGGAUCUUGGGGCUGAAAUCGAAGUGACCGAAGAUGGGGCCCUGGAAGAAUUGCCUCUGCAUUUGGAAAAUGCCCAGAAUUGCCUCUGCUGGGAAUCCUUGGACAUCUCCAGCAGCGAUGAUGAUGGGGAAGCCCAUUUGACCUUCUUCUUGCCUGUCAGGCGGCCCCCACGACCUGUCCAGCGCCGUCCGGUUCACCGCCCCACGGUCCCUCCAGCCACUGCUAAAUUGUCUGCUGCUGAGAAAUGGAUCCCUCCCUUGUUCCCUUGCCCUUUGCGCCCUGGAGGUCCUCCCCCUCCCGGAAUACCAGCCUUCGGUGCCUACCAGUGCCAGAAGUGCCUGCAGGUCUUCAUGGAGGAGUGGCACUACACCCAGCACCUCCAGGACCAUGCUCAGGAGGAGGAGGUGGCCCAGCUGCAUGCAGCCCAGAACCCGAUCCGCCCCCCGUCCCCACCCCGCAAGCUGCGCUGCUUAGAGUGUGGCAAGCGGUUCCUGCGCCCGGAGCAAUUUGCACGGCACACCAAGUGGCACCUGAAGCUGGUGCGUCUGGGCAUCAAAGUCCGCCACAGAAAGGGAAGUCGGCGGUCCUCCCAAGUCUCUUAUGUUUACAAGCCUCUGGGCGGCAGCAGGAGCCCCUCGGAAGGGAAAGAGGCCUCUGACCUUCCAGUCGUACAGGAGAUCCUCAGGCAGCCGGCCAGCUUGCAGGUUCCCAGGCCUCAAAGGACAGGCAAGCGCAAAGCCAUCAAGCAGCAGAAAACGAUGAGCGCCGAGAUGUGGCAGCAUCAGGACCUGUUCAGCUCCACCCAGUCUGGGAGCUCCAUGGCUAUCCUAGAUGGGGCCUCUGGGGUAAAUCUUCUGCAGCCUUGGCAGAAGCAGGAGGGUGUCCUGGAAGGCCAAGUAGCUGGGGGCCUUUUCCAGCCAGCCAUCAUGAAUGCGGAAAACCAGAUCAUCAUCCUGGAUGGCGACGAGGCAGAGGCCGUGCCUGUUGCACCGGAGCGGCAUUACGCCGAGCUGCAGGCAACCGUAUUCGACAGCCAGGGGAGCACGAACACCAUGCAGCCUGUGUUCCUAAGAACCGAAGAGCAGGCGGCCAUCGUGGAUACGCCGGUUAGCAUGAAUCCUCUGCAGGUUGGUGGGGUCAAGGACCCGGCGGCCAUUGGCCCUGGGUGGGUUGGCCAGAAUCCUUGUACUGUUUACCGGACUGUGCUGCUCCAGGCGGAGGAGCAGGCGGCUCUCGUGGACGGCCAAGCGGAGUGCAGCCCUUUCCAGCAAGUGAUCAUUAAGACAUCCGAGGACUCGCCUGCGCUCUACUUGGAUCCGGAUCCUCAGAUUUCUUCUCUGGACCCAACCACCUUCCAUUUGGUCCCUGAGCCUCAAUAUGUAACCUUCCCUUACGGGAAUUCCUUACCUCUGGACCACAACGAAGCCACAGAUGAAGGAGAAAAGGCUUGGGAGUCGCAGGCAGCGAGCUUCCACUUCCCAGGUUAUUUGCCCAAUUUGUACCAGGCAAGCAGGCAGCCCCCUCCCCCAGCGACCACCAGUCCCAAAAGUCCCAUGGUGGUGCGGCUGCUGCCUUGCGCUACAGGGGACCAUCCUGAGGUCUUAGACCUGGAGUACGAUACCGGGGGUGGCAUUCCAGUAGCCUCUGAGCCGUGGGACAUGAACUUGCAGGCUGGGCAAGAGGCCCUCAGUCCCAAAGAGGCGGCAGAAGAUAGCUUCAUUGUGGUGGAAAUGGAGGGCGAGUCAGGCUGUCAAGGCUCGGUGGUGGUCAAGCAGCAUGACCACCCCAGGCAGCAGACCUUCCAGCCAGCCAAAAAGCCGCCCCCUCGAAACAGCAGCAUCUGGCGCUUUAAGUGCCCCGACUGUGGGGUGUGCUAUAGCCAGCUCUCCCAGCUCCGCUCGCACCAGAAGGGGCAGAAACGCCGAGGACGGAGCUUCCUGUGCGAAUGUGGGUCUCCCUUCCGUGGCCUCCUCCAUCUCCUGCGCCACCAGCUCCAGCACCUGGAGCAAGCCCUGUUUAUUUGCGCAGCCUGUGGGAAGUCGCUCAGAGGACACGUGGGCUUGCAAAGACACAACUCCUGCCAUCCUGGCCUGGCCCGUUUCAGCUGCCCUUGUGGCGUCAGCUUCCGACGCUUGUCCCGUUACCUCUGGCAUCACGUCAGAAGCCAGCGGCCUGGCUUGCGGGUGUAUACGCUUGCAGGUUUCCUCUCCUCCACCUGAGCCGGGUGGGCAGGUGGGGCUGGCACAAGGAGGGGCAGGAGGCACCUCUCUUUCAAGAGAAGAUUGGUCAGCCUGUUUGCUGAAGGUUGCUGUCUGAUGUUUGUUUCAUUUCUCCCAAUGUAAUUAUGAGGAUGGUAAUUAAACAGCCGAGAUCCUGAGCCCCUAAUGUGUUGCUUACCUGU